AUGAGCAAGAGCACCAUUUUGGCAGGUAUGUGCCUCCUCUUCUGCCACUUGGGAAGUUCAACCGAUCUGAUGUGUUAUUUCACCAACUGGGCUCAGUACCGUCGGCCAGGAGCGAGGUACCUCCCAGAGCAUCUGGAUCCAGAGCUGUGCACGCAUCUCAUCUACGCCUUCGCUGUCAUUGAUGACACCAACCAGUUGGCCACCUAUGAGUUGAAUGAUGAGACCCUUUACACGUCUUUCAAUGGGCUCAAAGCCAGGAAUCCCAGUUUGAAAACUCUUUUAGCCGUGGGUGGAUGGACCUUUGGCACAGCAAAAUUUUCCAGCAUGGUGUCCACGCUAGCCAACAGACAGAUGUUCAUCCAGUCUUCCAUCAGCUUCCUGAGGACUCAUGGCUUUGAUGGGCUGGACCUGGACUGGCAGUACCCUGGAUCCCGUGGAAGCCCCCCAGAGGACAAACACAGAUUCACCCUGCUAUGCAAGGAGCUUCGGGAAGCAUAUGAGUUGGAAGGGAGAAGCACUGGACGCCCACGCCUGAUGGUCUCUGCCGCAGUGGCAGCAGGGAAGGCCGCCAUUGAUUCAGGCUACGAGGUUGCAGAAAUAUCCACGUAUCUGGACUUCAUCAGUGUCAUGACAUAUGACUUCCACGGAGCAUGGGAGAGUGUGACUGGCCACAACAGCCCCUUGUUCAAGGGCUCACUGGAGACUGGAGACCAACUCUACUUCAACAUGGAAUACAGCAUGAGCUACUGGCAGAACCAGGGGACCCCAGCAGAGAAGCUGAGGAUGGGCUUUUCCACGUACGGUCGCACCUUCCAGCUCUGGUCCUCAGAAACUGGGGUUGGAGCCCCUGCCACCGGACCAGCCUCCAUUGGUGCCUACACCCAGGAGCCUGGCCUCUGGUCCUACUAUGAGGUUUGCUCUUUCCUACAAGGAGCCACUGUUCAGUGGCUAGAUGAUCAGAAAGUGCCAUAUGCUUUCAAAGGAACAGAGUGGGUGGGAUAUGACAAUGUGGACAGUUUUGGAGCAAAGGUGCAGUACCUGAAGCAUAAAGGGUUUGGAGGGGCUUUUGUUUGGACUCUGGACCUGGACGACUUUACUGGUCUGUUUUGUGGACAGGGCAACUACCCCCUGAUCAGCCAGCUCAAAGACCUCCUGAAUAACAGUAAGUUUAUCCUAACAUUGCCACCGACCACCUCUCCACCAACGACCACCACUGCAUUUACCACAACUACCACCUCAACCACCACAGACAACACAGGGAAGGAGUUCUGUGUUGGUAAAGUCGAUGGAAUUUAUGCAAAUCCAGAAGAUGCAUCAACCUUCUACCAGUGUGCCAAUGAAAGGACCUUCCUCCAGAACUGUCCUGCAAACCUGGUGUUCAAAGACUCAUGUAAAUGUUGUGAUUGGCCAUGA